ACGCACGAAAUGGAAAUCGGAAAUCCGCUAACAUCGACUCGUAUCGACCACAUCGUUGUACAUAACUUCAGGGGACCGGCUGGAAGGGAUAUAAGACUACGACUGCACAGCUUUGCGUUGUCAGACCGUAGAGGAUAUCGUCCGCGGCCAAACUAAAAGGGAAAGAGAACCUUGGCAUCAAACGAGUCGUGGGCACGAAACACGUAUCGAAACACGGACCGAGACAUUCAUUCGUCUAUAACCGAUAACAGUUUCCACGGAUUACACACGCGGUUACCGCGGUGUCCUGUUAGUGUUGUUCGUUACCGAUCGGUCGUUUCAUCGCUGCAACAACGAGAGAGAAGACAACAACAAUAAUAACAAAGAUUCCCGCGAUCGUUAUUUUCCUUCGAACUGACCCAUCGAUCUAUCUUGGAAAUUGGACGGAGUAGAGACGCACGAGAUAGAAAAGGUUUUCUUGUUAUUAAUCAACAACAAUGUCGGUAAUCAUGGAGUUAUAUAAGGAUAUUAUGGAGAAUAAAGGCCAUCCAAUAACGAAAGAUUGGUUUUUGGUAUCAGGACCAGGCCCGGUGAUAAUGAUAAUUGUCAGUUAUUUAUACUUUUCCUUAUCAGCUGGACCAAGAUACAUGAAGGACAAGAAACCGUAUGAGUUAAGAACUCUCAUGAUUGUUUACAAUUUUAUCCAAGUGCUGUUUAGUAUAUACCUCUUCUACGAAGGAUUGAUGGCUGGAUGGUUACACGAUUACAAUUACUAUUGUCAGCCUGUUGAUUAUACGGACAAUCCACUAUCUAGAAGGAUGGCUAAUGCUGUUCAUUUCUAUUUCACGUGCAAGUUGAUAGAAUUAUUGGACACAGUAUUCUUCGUCCUUCGUAAAAAGAAUCGUCAGAUCUCAUCGCUUCACGUAUACCACCACGCAUUGAUGCCAAUUUGCGGUUGGAUCGGUUGCAGAUUUUUGCCAAAUGGCCAUGGCACAUUGUUGGGUGUCAUCAACGCGUUCAUUCACAUAAUUAUGUACGCAUACUACAUGCUGGCUUCGAUCGGACCACAUAUGAACAAAUAUCUCUGGUGGAAGAAAUACUUGACGUCAUUGCAAUUAAUUCAGUUCUGCAUUAUUUUUGUCCAUACUUUUCAAGUCUACUUCAACGGUUGUAAUUACCCAUUAUUUCUUACGUUCCUGCUCAAUUUUAACUCGUUGGUUUUCAUUUAUCUGUUUGGUUCGUUUUACAUCGAGAAUUACAUCAAAAAUGAAAAACGGAAGAAAAAUAAGACUGAAAAAAUAACGAAGACUGCGAACAAAAUGGAGUGAAUUGAUACUAUUUAAUGCCAUUUGGUUCUCGUUUAUCAAAAUCCACUUCGUUACAAAAGAACAUUCAUAUUCGUUAGAUACGUCUAGCCCUCUAGCGAGAAAAACAUAUAACAUUUUGAUCAGAUAAUUUAUUACCAAUCGAUCUAUUUCGUUUUCUUAGCUUGAAAACGAGAUUCGAUCUUCUGUGAAAUAUGCCGAGUGACAUUUUUAGCAAAUUAAUUUAAUUUUUUUAUCUAAAUAUAUUUUUUUACAAUAGCUACAUUUAAUUGAUUAUACAGUUCCCUUUAAUUGAAUAUAUUUAUAAUAUGUAUAAAUUACUUUUAAAUUGUAUGACUGAAUAUUGGCAGUAUUUAAAAAAAGUUUGAAAUCGAAUUAUUAUAAAAGAAAAAAAAAAUUGUAUUGAAAAUUAUAAUUAGAGAUAUAAAGAGAAAUGUAAAAUUAAUUUUUGAUAACUUACUGGUCGAUAUUAUCGGUAAUAAAGGAAUCGCUCGAUUAAAGGACUUAUCAA